AAAAGAUGCAAAAACAAAGACAGAGGGUGCAAAAGGAAAAGACAAACUGGGGCAGGCAAAGGUGCCAACCUCUGCUGGAAAUGAGAGAAUAGUGGAUAUUGUCAGAAAAAUGGUUGUUGAAAAAAAUAACAGGGAGACGGACAAAGACAAAGAUGGAAAAAGGAAUUCAAAGGGAGAUCCAGAUGAUACAGUGGAGAAUGGAAAAAAGAGGAAAAGUACAAGUAAUGUAAAAAAUGAGGAGAAAACUGAAGAAAGUGACCAUCACAUAUGGCGAGAUGAAAGAAGGGAAACAGAGAAAAAGACCCAAACUGAAGAAGACAGGGGCAGUGAUGGAAUAAAGAUGUCUGAGGGCCAUGAUAAGAAUACAAAUAAGCUGAAAGAGCAGGACGGGGAGGAGAGGAAAAAGGAAAUGGAAAUAAAAGUGGAGCGAAAUAAUGAGAAACCAAAGCAGACUGAAAGUAUUGGGCGUGCAGAAAAGACUAUUAACGUGGGGGAGGUGGAGGACGGGGAGAUAGGAACGGAGAUCAAAACAGAAAGAGAAAAAAGGGUCCAGAGUGUACAGAGAGACAGUGAUGGAGAAUUAGUAUCCAGCAAAGCAACUGAGAGGACAGGCUUUGUUUCAAUCAGCCCGACUCUUCACUCUAUUAUUAGUUUAGCUCCGAGGCCUGACUCCAUGGACUCAAACGAAGCGAUAACCUUUACAUCAUCUUUUCCACCUCCUCCUUUGUCCAGCUCUACUUCAAAUUUGAUCACAGAUGUCAAUCAAGGAAUGACAAAAGUUGUUGACAGACUACCAACCCAAAGCACAGGCCCAGGAGCAGCUGGCAUUUCUGAGCACCCAAGCCUUGUUUCAGGGGAAGGCUUUAGGACCACAAGUAAGCUAACAACAACAGCCACAAUAAACACACUGGGUGGUCCUAAACUACAGAUAACCAGUGCCAUUAAAAGAUUCAACUCUACAACCAGUGCAAGACCUGGGGCGGGCUUCCAUGUUCGGGUUAGCUCAACUACGGCAACAACAACCACCGCCAAGACUCCUCGACAGAGUUUAUACACAACUGCAUUUCCAGGAGUUGCAGUCCACAGCCGAUGGACAGCUAAAAAGAACAGCAGCUCAAACACUAAGACGGACGUGAAUCUUCUACCAGGCCAAGGACCAAAGCAAGGUGACAAGCAUAAACCUGUAAUUAUGUCUAAAGCAGACCAAAAGCUUAAAAAUCCUAAGAAUCACCGUAAACCUGACCGAGCCUCAUUGCCUGACAAAAAAACUAAACAUGACCAAAAGCAGAAAUCUUCUAACCAAAAAUUGAAACCUGGCAAAGGUCCUAAACAAGUCCAGAUUCCAAAACCUGAACUAAGACCUCUACCUGAUCAUUUACCAACUGAUCAAGAUCUGAAAAAAAAUCAAACACCGAAAUAUGACCAAGAACAUACAACUGAUCAAAGCCAGUUACUUAUUCAAAAGCCAAAAUCUCAUCUAAAGCCUAUAGUGUCUUCUGUUCAGAGGACCACAUCUCAUCAAAGACCAACGGGCUCUGACCCUCAAACUGACCGACAGCCAGUUGUUGAAAUCUCCGAAAUUAAUCAAAACUCAAAACCUAAGAAAAAGCCAGUUCAUCCUCUCAAAACCGACAAGCGUGACCAAACAGAAAAACCUCCCAAAAAAACGAAAAGUGAAGCAAAAACUCAACCUGAUCAAAGGUCAACAACAAACCAAUAUUUCACAUCUGUUCAAAAGCCCGAAAGAAGAGAAAAAACUAUCACCACUCCAAAAUCUACCCAAAAGCCUAAAACAGAAUCAAUGGAAAAUUCUGAUGAAAAUCCUUUGCCUGAGCCUAAAUCUGUCAAAGACUCAACACCUGGACAAAAGCUUACACCUGAUCAUGCCCUAAUCAAACCUCCUGAUCAAAAGCCUAAACCCAGCCAAAACGUACCUAAAAUAAACCAAAAGCCUAAACUUAACCAAAAACAUCCAGAGCUUCUAACAGACCAAAAGACUAAACCAAAGGCAAAGCUUAAACCUGAACAAACACCAGAAACCAAUCAAGGGCUUGGAUCACCUCGGCCUGACCAAAUGCGUGAUCUUAAGCCCAAAUAUGUGCCUGACGAAAUUCCUGAAGCAGAAUCCAACAAAACAUCCAAACCGAGGCCUCCACCCAGGCGCAGGCCAUCAACCAGGGCUACAGUCAGGCCAGGAGCAACACCUGUCCAAAGGCCAAAAACAGCAGUGCAACUAAAGCCAAGUCUAAAGACCAAAACAGAUUUAGGUCCUCCUCAAAUCAGCGGGACAACUUCAGAUGACAUCCAAAGCUCUCAAACUGACGUGCCACCUGCACCUGGCUCUGUAACAAGGACUGCUGAAGUCAGUCGUUCCCCAGGCGAUGCAGAGUUGAGUCCCAGCAUGAUGAAAACUACCACUCUGGGUCCAAAGACCUCAAACAGCAGGACUACGUCUGAUCUGAGGCCACAAACAGCCGGUCGACCACCAUCGAUCCCAAUGACAACAAGACCAAACAAAAUCAUCCGUGGGAGUAUCCCUAGCACCAGUCCAGGAUCCACAAAGCCGAGUCAAGCUUCCAAUACUGACUCCAUCUUACAAGCUAUGAUACUUCACAAUGUGGAGGAAAUAGCACCUAGUAAAUUUCAAGACCCAGACAAAAUGAUGAUUCCAGUCCCUACCCCCAGUGCCCAAACUACCUCCACAAUCAGCCCUAACCUCAGGUCAACAACCCCUGCCACCUCUGGCCCCGAGACCCCAGCUGCUGAGUCUUCCACUCCCAGUGCACGCGAGCUGCGUGUUAAAAUCAACCAGGUGGAUGCUUUCUUCAAUAACAGUCCAAAUGGAAGACCACCGGACAGGCUUCCAAAAGACCACCCAGAGGACAACCAAGGAGGCAGCAGGCCUGACAGCAAACAAUCAACACUUAAACCAUCUAAAGUUACCAUGCCAAGAGACUGCUCCGACCACCUGCUCAGAGGGGGCACAAAAAGCGGAGUGUACCUGGUGACCCCUGACCUCCGCAGUAGAAGCUUUUCGGUCCUGUGUGACAUGGAGCUGGAUGCAGGAGGGUGGACGCUCCUGCAACGCAGACAGGACGGCAGCGUGAGUUUUAACCGGACCUGGGCCGAGUACCGAUCAGGCUUCGGGGAGCUGGAUGGAGGGGAGUUUUGGCUGGGCAACAACAUGAUCCACCUGCUGACCCGGGACAGGGAUAUCGUGCUGCGGGUGGAGCUGGAGGACUUUGGCGGUGUGAUGGAGUACGCAGAGUACCAGCAGUUCAUGGUCGCAAGUGAAAGGAUGCGCUACAGACUGACGGUAGGCGCUUACUCGGGUACUGCAGGUGAUUCUCUCCGCUUCAGCAAAAGUUAUGAUCACAACAACAGGGCAUUCACCACACCGGACAGAGACCACGACCGCUAUCCAUCCGGAAACUGUGGGGCCUACUACAGCUCCGGCUGGUGGUUUGAUUCCUGCAUGGCUGCAAAUCUCAACGGGAGAUACUAUGUCGGGAGCUACAAGGGAGUCCGGGAUGGGAUUUUCUGGGGGACUUGGCAUGACAUAUCUACAGGGUAUUACCCCACCAAUGAGAGACAGUCUUUUAAAACUGUCAGGAUGAUGAUCCGACCAAAGAGCUUUGCACCAUGAACCUUGACUUUCUACCAGGGCAUGUUAAAAAACGAAAAAACUAAAAAAAAACAUUGAGGUUUUAACUUCUAACUUCAACCAUUAAUUCCUAAGAUGCCCUUUACAAUUGAGUAAACCUUUGAGUAAACCAAUUGAGUAAACCUUCCACAUGGUUAUUGUUCACUACUAACACAAUGCUGCCACCUUGUGGUGUUUGAUUCUGCAAUAAUGAUUUGUUUACAGGAUAAUAUGACAAUAACUGAGGAUGUACACAGUUACAAAGGUAAUAAUCCUAAUUGCAUUGUAACUUUUUUAUAACAUUUUAAUAUUAAUAUAUUUGUGUUUUUUUCAGUGCAUCUGACGGUUCGUAGCAACGGAAAAUUAUAUUUUUAUUAUUAUUGAAGUACUGGAAAGCCAGUUGAUGGUUGAUUGAAGCUGUGUGGGAUGUUUUGUAAUUAAGAUUGUUUUGUUAAAAUGAAUAAAAUUGAUGAAAAUAUGAA